AUGGUCAACUUACCUUCCUUAAUCAUGGUUCCAAGUUUCUUGAUUUGCAGCAACAACAACAUCAACCAUUCUUUCGAAAGAAGAUUAGUAGAAUGUUUGGCUGAAGACUACAAUGUCAACGUGAGGCCUACCAAGAACCAUAAUGAAACCUUAAACGUUUACUGGGAACCAACGCUCAUCAAAUUCAUUGAUGUGUGGCAAGAUUCCUACCUUCAAUGGUCUCCCGAUUUGUAUGGCAGCAUUCAGGUGGUCGAGGUGGUGGUUGACAACGUUUGGAAGCCCAAGCUAGCUGCUAUCAAUAACGCCGGAUCUUCCCUAACUACUUCCGACCCCCAAAUAAAUUCUCUCCUGUCAAUCAACCACACCGGCCACGUGACGUGGCCGCACAGAAUCCGUCUACACGUCGAAACCAGCGUCGACUACAGCUACUUCCCGUACGACACUCAAAAGUUUCUGAUCAUGAUCGUCAACCAGUCUCCGAAGGUGGAGAUGAAGUUUGAAGAGGUGGGCAAAGGAAGUAGGGAUAAGAUUUUUGAUGGGCAGCUGCAGUUUAUGGAUCAGCAUCUCGGAUGGAAUCUGGCCUCUCACAUGGAGAAAAAUCUAAUGGUGGAGUACGAGAUAGUCCUGAAGAGGAAUCCGACGGUGUACACAUACGCCUAUGUCUACCCCGUUGCCGUUGUCGGUCUGCUGAUCCUCUUGUUGCUGUUACUGCCCGCGCAUAAAAGUGGAUACAGAUUUGUUGUCGCUACGCUCCUGUUGAUAACUCUGCUGUUGGUGAUGCUGCAUGUUCAGAGGGUCGUCCCCACAAACAGCAGACGGACGCCUAAGAUAAUGUCAAUUCUUGUAUACGAGCUGGUCACCAUCUUCGUCGUCUUCAUCGUCUCAUGUAUCACUCACGUCAUAUCCAUGAGAAGCUGCAGCAAUCGGACUGAACUGCCAUCUGUCGUCAAAAUGGUUUUCUUCAAUAAGCUCAUGAGAAUCAUUAGCUGCUGUGGUGCCACGGUUGAUUCCAGCAUGACGUCAUCGUGGUCGUCGUCACGUGGUUUCCGCCACACGCUCUUCAACAACGAAGAUGAUUAUGAUUACACUAACAACAACAACAACAACAACAAUAAUAAUAACAACAAUAACAGCAAUAACAAUAAUAAUAAUGGUAAUUUAUUUGAAUUUAACGAAAUUAACGGGGUAUCAAUUAAAAAUGGAGAAGAGCUGACGGUUGUUGCUAAGAGACUACUCUCACUAUCGAGGACUCUUAAUCAUUUGCUUAAUCAUUUGAUUAAAAGCUCUAAUCAUCACGAUCGUCGUGACGAUGAUUACAAGAGAUUAGCUUCAAUCAUUGAUAGAUCGAGCUUUCUUCUGCUCAGUGUCAUAUCACUGAUUGUCGUUACAUCAGUUUGUAAAUGAUGAUGAUGGUGGUGUGUUGAUGGUGGUGGGAUGAUGAUAAUGAUGAUUAUUAUGACGAUGGUGUGAUGGUGAUAAUGAUGAUUAUUAUGAUGAUGGUUUGAUGACGAUGAUGAUGAUGAUGAUGAUGGUGAUGAUGAUUAUUACGAUGUUGGUUGAGGGUGACGUUGAUGAUGAUUGUAGAGGUUUAUUUAAAAUUAUUUUUAAACUUGUUUAUAUGAAUAUUCAGUUUAUUUCUACUUUUUAAUAAUGUCUUCAGAGAAGACACACAUUUAUAUAGAUCCAUUUUUAUCAUGUAUUGAUAAAUUUAUCUGCGUUUUAUCAUUCCUAUGAUGUUGUGGUCUCCAUUCAUACUAAAGAAUUUGUUGUAUAUAUUGAUGUAUAUUCUUUAAAUACUUUUAAAAUGGUAUUUUAUACCUAUUUUUUAUGUAAAUUUAAAUAUUUAUAUAUAUAUAUAAUGGAAGAAUCAAUAAAUGGAAUGAAUGAAUGAAUGAAUGAAUGAAUGAAUGAAUGAAUGAAUGAAUUAUCGAGAUAAAUGCUUUUUUAUAACUUACUAACUGUAUAUUAUGUAUAUAGUCUUAGAUCACUAUCUACAUUCUUUUAUUUUUAUAUUUUUAAUAAAAGUAU